AAAAAAAAAUUAAUUUAUAUUUUGAAUUUUCUUCCAUCCCAUAAAAUUGGGAAAAUUCUCGAGAAGGCACGUUAUUCCAAAACGUUAUAAAAUUGUGUUAGAAAUCAGCAAACUAUUCUUAAAAACACAUGAGCUUGGAUUUGGAAGAAGCUAACGAAACACAGCAGCUAAUGCAAAAUGAAGGCGAAGAGGAGGAGCAAAAGGUGUCGCAGUCUGCUACCUCACCCGUCACGAGUAAUAAAAUGUCUAGCGGAGCGGCUAGUGUGCAGUCCACGAGAAAUCCACAAAUAAUCACCAGUACGGGCAACAAUAGCGUGAAUGAGUCAACUAAGGUGUCUUAUGUCAAUGAAAGGCGUCUACAUCGGGACCUGAUGCGUUCGAAUUAUAACAACAAGUCCAAACACAUUCCUAAAGAAGCACCAGAUGUUAAACAUAUGGAAAAGGCUUUAUUAGAACUUCUUCAUGAUUUUGAUACUGGAAAGCUAAGUGCUUUCGGCCAGGGAUGUAGCAUGGACCAGAUGAUCAGUAUACGAGAUCAGCAAGAACAUCUGGCGAGGCUCCAUUUUCGUCUAUAUGCUGAUGUAGAGAAACCUGCAGAAGACAGUUUUGAUAAUUCAGCAUCAAGAGACAAAAUUGCACAACUUGUUGCAAGUUUGGAGCAGUUAUCAACAUCUAUAGAACACUUACAUUCUGAUGGAAGUUCUAAUACUAACGACAAUAAUAGUGAUAACAAGAAUAACUAGUUUAUAAGUGGUUGGUCCUAUCCUAUUAUCUUGGAAGUCAUUGUGUUAAUUGUUUUUUAAUAAUUUGCUAUCUUCAUCAUGUCUUAUCUUUGUAUUAUGUUGGAUGUAGCGUUUAUAUUAUUAUUUUAAAUAAAUGAGAAAUAAGAGAAUAUGUACAUAAAGUCGUAAUAAAUAAUACUUAGUAUUGGAUUUAA